GGUGGGGACUGCGCGACCGUUUUCCGUUGAAGUUCUUUUGAGAAACGUAGCGCGGCGACCGUCGGUGAGAGAAAUUAGUUACAAUCUCAUCAUACUUUUCAAUUAAACUGACUGGAAAGUAGGAAUCUGGAUACUGUUCUCCAAGAAAAAACCCAUUAAUUUGGAACUGGAGGAUUUCAUUGCAUCAGAUAGUAAGAUGAAAGAAUCAACAACAGAUGGUGAAUGUGACAAGGCAGUGGCACCACAACUGAAGAGGCUGGAUGAAAUUAAGGCAGAACCUGACAAUGCUCAGGAGUAUUGUCAAGCCCAGCAGCCCAAAACUCAGGAGAAUGACCUGAAAAUAAACACUACGUUUUCAGACAAUGCUUCUCAGAUGACUACAGGCAUUCAGCUUUCUUUGGCAUCAUCUGGCAUGAAUAAGAUGCUUCCCUCAGUUUCAACCACAGCUAUUCAGGUUUCCUGUUCUGGCUGUAAAAAAAUUCUUCAAAAGGGGCAAACUGCUUAUCAGAGGAAAGGGUCUACUCAGCUUUUCUGCUCCACACCGUGCAUCACUGAAUACAUUUCAUCUCUCAAUUCACCAGCUCUUCCGAAGAGAACUUGUUCAAACUGCUCAAAAGACAUUUUAAAUCUAAAGGAUGUGAUCAGUAUCCAGCUGGAAGAUACUACCACUAGCAAAACUUUUUGCAGCCAAUCUUGUCUUUCAUCAUAUGAAGAAAAAAGAAAACCAUUUGAUACCAUAUGUACUAAUAGCAUUCCAGCCAAGUGCAGCAUGUGUCAGAAGACUACUGUUAAACCAGCCAAAACAGUUACAUCUGUUCUUUGCAAAUCAUUGAAACCCUCAGACGAAAUGAUUGAGACUACCAAUGACUCGGGGAAGACAGAGCUUUUCUGCUCUGUGCAUUGUUUCUCUGCUUACAGUAAAGCUAAGAUGGAAUCUUCUACAGUAAAUGUGUCCAUGGUGCAUGAUGCUUCAACAGAUCUCCUUUCUCCGAAGAAAGAAACAACUCCAGUUAUAAGCAAUAUAGUGUCGUUGGCAGAUACUCAAGAAGCCCUGCCCGUCAUGAGCUCUGAUGUAUUACAAGGUACAGUUUCUUCAGUAACAGCAAAUGUCGUUGAGGAUAUUUCUAAGACUUCACCCAGUGAAUCAAGUAAUGGUGUUGCUAAUAGUAAUGUGGAACAGCCAAGCCUUUCACCAUCUUCUUCAGUACUCAGUCAGCAUACAGCUGGCUCCAGUAUAGAAGUACAAAAAGAUCAUGUGUCAAACCAAGAUGCUACAAACAGUAUGAAAUCAAUGAAAAUAAGCGAUGGACUACGUCACCCAAAAUUUACAUCCAAAGUACAAAAAGUUAAAGGUAAAUCACGAAGUAUUAAAAAAUCUUGGUGUUCAAAUUUUCAGCAAUUAGAAAACAGUAUUAAAAAGGAUGUGAUAUUCUGUUAUUCGUGUCAGUUGUUCUGCCAAAAAAAAUUUAGCUAUGGAGGAGAGUCACUUGCAGCCCAAGGAAUUUCCAAUUGGAAAAAAACUCUGGAAAAAUUCAGAAAGCAUGAAAAAAGUGAAAUGCAUUCAAAGUCAUUGCAAUUUUGGAGGGAAUACCAGUUUUGUGAUGAAGCCGUUAAUGACAGUUUAUCUAAUCAUUCAAAACAGAUUGAGGGAAAUAAAAAAUACCUAAAGCUUAUAAUUGAAAAUAUUUUAUUUCUUGGAAAGCAGUGUUUACUCUUAAGAGGAAAUGACCAGUCUGUUUCAUCUGUGAAUAAAGGCAACUUUUUAGAAUUGUUAGAAAUCCGAGCAAAAGAUAAAGGAGAAGAAAUAUUUCGACUUACGAAUUCACAAGUUGACUUCUACAAUAGUACACAAAUUCAAAAUGAUAUUAUUGAAAUAAUAAAGACUGAAAUGUUACAAGAAAUUGUAAAUGAGAUCAAUGUCUCCUCAGCUUUUUCAAUAAUAUGUGAUGAAACAACUGAUAGUGCCACUAAAGGACAAUUCUCAAUUUGUGUAAGAUACCCACAGAAAACAUCAAAGGCUAUAUUAAUUAAAGAAAGAUUUUUGGGUUUCAUAGAUGUUGAAGAGAUGACUGGGACCAACUUACACAGGAGUAUUAAAACUUACCUGCAGCAAAUUGGAGUUGAUUUGGAUAAAAUACGAGGCCAGGCCUAUGAUAGCACCAGUAAUUGGAGGGGAAAAUUUAAUAAAAUUGCAGCAGAAUUCAAGAAGGAAGAGCCAAGAGCUUUAUACCUGCAUUGUUACGCACAUUUUUUGGAUUUAGCAGUGAUUAGGUUUUGCAAAGAAGUAAAAGAGCUCCGAAGUGCUCUAAAUACUCUCAGUUCUUUGUUCAAUACUAUUCAUGGGGAAAUGUCUGUAAAUUUUCAAAACAUUUAUAAGCUAAGUCAAAACAAAACAUGCAAGAAACCUACAUCACAAUCAUGUUGGACAGUCCAUGAUCGUACGUUACUAUCUGUGAUUGAGGGUCUUCCAGAGGUUAUUGAAACACUGGAAGUUCUAUCAAGCCAUUCUUCAAACACAAGUUUAGCUGAUGAAUUGAGUGAUUUGUUGGCAUUGGUUUCCAAAUUUGAAUUUAUCUUUUGUUUGAAAUUUCUUUAUCGAGUACUAAGUGUUACAGGAAUUCUUUCCAAAGAGCUUCAAAGUGACACCAUAGACAUUUUUUCUUUGUCUUCAAAAAUAGAAGCAAUUUUGGAAUGUUUAUCAUCUGAAAGAAACGAUAUUUAUUUCAAAACUAUCUGGGAUGGAGCAGAGGAAGUAUGUCAGAAAAUAACCUGUAAAGGUUUUGAAGUUGAAAGGCCUUCAUUUCAGAAAAGAAGAAAAAUUCAGAAAACAAUAGAUCCUAGCAAUUCAGACAGUAUGUUUUUUCCUACCUCAACAGAAGAACAAUAUAAAAUUAAUAUUUAUUACCAAGGCUUGGAUACUAUAUUACAAAAUUUAAAAUUGUGUUUUUCAGAGUUUGAUUAUUGUAAAAUGAAGCAGAUUUCAGAACUGUUACUUAAAUGGAAUGAACCGUUAAAUGAAACAACAGCUAAAGAUGUCCAAGAAUUUUAUAAACUUGAUGCAGACAUCAUCCCAGAACUUAGAUUUUAUCGGCAAUAUGCAAAGCUCAACUUUGUCCUAGAUUAUGAUUGCAUCAGCUUCAGCAAUCUUGGCCAUUUGUUUAUUCAGCAUGGUCUUCACAAUAAUAUUCCUAGCAUAUCAAUGCUAUUAUAUAUUGCUUUGUCUUGGCCAGUUACUUCAGCAAGUGCUGAAAAUUCAUUUUCUACACUGUCUCGUCUUAAAACAUAUUUAUGUCAUACCAGGGGACAAGAAAAGCUUAGUGGCUUAGCCCUAAUGGCUGUUGAGCAGGAAUUGGUAAAUAAACUGAUGGAACCUGAAAGACUCAAUGGAACUGUGGAAAAGUUUAUCCUACAGGUGAAAGAAAUAUAAUACUUGCUAACUUGAAUUUACCUGAAAGAAUUUUGUAUUUCCGUUGGAUAUCAGUUUUUAUUUCAAAUUUUUGUCUUUUCAGAAGAAAAGAUUUUUCAUCAGAACAUGUAACAUUCACUUGGUUCAAAAUUCAUGACACAAAAUGAUAUACAGUGGAAAGUCUCCUUCCCUUUUUUAGUACCCAGUUUCCCCUCCCAGAAGUAUUAUCUGUUUUUUAAAUAUCCUUCUGGAGAUACUUAAUCAUAAAUGUACUGUGCAGUGCACAUUGUUCUUCAGCUUGCUAUUUUCACUUAACAUGAUUUUUUGAGAUUGUCCCAUAUCAGUACAUAGAGUUUCUUGAUUCUUUUUUUAAUAACUGCGUAAGAUUUAAUUGUAUGGAUGUACCAUAAUAUAUUGGAGCAGUCCCUACUGACAAACGUUUUCUUUCCAGUCUCUUACUGUUGCAAAUAAUGCUGCAUUUAAUAACCAUGUACAUAGGUCAUGUUGCACAUUAGUGAGUUGCUGUGAGAUAAAAUUUUAAACUGAAGUUAUUAGGUCAGAAGAUUUGUACAUUUUUAUUUUUCAUAGAUAUUGGCAAAUUGCUUUCUAUAAGGAUUGUAUCAUUUUAUACUCCCACCAACAAUGUGUGAGAGUUCCUAUUUCCUCGAAUCUUUAUAAAGUAUUAACAAACAUUUUGAUCUUUGCCAAUCUGUUAGUUGAAUAAUGAUAUGUUAAUCUCUGUGGAGAUUAAAUCUCAACAGAAUUUUUUAUUUUCACUUAAUAAGGUUGCGUAUCUGCUUGAGCCAUUUGUAUUUCCUUUUCUGUGAAAUCUCAUAUAUUAAACAUUAAAACUCUAAAUAUUGCUGUGGUUUUGGUUGACUUAGCUGGAUGACACAAUAGGAAUUCCUAGUCUACCUUAUGAAAAUAUGACUUUUUUAAAUAAUUCUGAAAGAAAGAACUCUUUCUGUCUUAAAACUUUAGAAAAGUUUAGAUAACAAGGGAAAUGUGUUCCUCAAAGAUCUGAAAGAAUUUAGUGGUAGAUAUAUCUGAGGCUGGUUUUCUUUUAUAACUUGUAAUUUUUCUAGAAAGAGCAUCUAUUUCAUUGAGUCCUUUCAAAUGAAUUCGCUUAGAGUUGUAGAAAAUAUUCUCUUAAUUUCUUCUAUGUACCUAUACUUGCUUUCUUCAUUGAUCUUCUAUACACAUUUUCUUUCUUGAUUAGGCCAAAACUAGUGAUUUAUUUUAUUUAGUUGUUUUCCAUACACAUUCUUAGGUUUAUUUAUCAAUUCUACUCUACUUUUUAAUUAUGGUUGAUUUUUAACAUAUAAAAAUAAAAGGACAUAACAAUUAACAUUUAGUCCUAUUAAAUCCUAACAUUUUGCCAUGCUCCAGAUUUUUAUUUCAGAAAUAAAAUAUUAUAGAUUGGGUUAAAGCUCCCUUGCAAAUCUUUUCCUGAUGAUAUUUCUGUUUUUCCCCAGAGGCAAUGAUUAUUUGGUGUGCAUCAUUCCAUGCAUAUAUAAUUUUAUACUUAAUACAUAGCCUUGUUGCACAUGAUUGUAAGCUUUAUAUAAAACUUUAAGUUGCAUUGUGCUUAUCUUUCUGCAGUUUGCUUUCUUUCACUCAGUGUUGUUUGAGAUUUAUAUGUGGAUUUCUAGUUCAUUUAUUCUAAUUGCUGAAUACCAUUCCAUUAUAUGAGUAUACAAGUUCAUCCUUUAUUUGUUUAUUUAUUUAUUUAUUGU